AUGGGUGCUGCUAAUUGUUAAUCAUGCUGUGCUAAAUAGGACAAUGAGACUACCGAAAUAAAAGUAGGAAGAGAUAAAGUAAAACCAAAACAUGACAAUUCUGAAAAUGAUAUUACACAACAAGAAUAAAAAGUUCAAGCAAAAGAUCAUGAGAGAUUUGUUGUUGAUUAAGAAUAACAGAAAUAGAAAAAAGAAACUAAAAAAGAGCCAAAAAAAGAAGCCGUUAAAGAAACACCUGCUAAAAAUGUUGAUGAGAACUCAAAAAAGUCUUAAGAAUAAGAUAAAUAGUUAAAUAUAUCAGCAAAUCAUUCAGUUAGCAUGAAUGUCGCAAAUAACUAAGAAGGAAAUGAUUUAAUUAAAAGUACAAUGAAUUGCAAUGAAAGAAAAAAGCUGCCUCCCAUUUAAUUAGAGUCUGGGGCUGUUUAUGAAGGAGAAUGGAAGAACGGAAUGAGAGAUGGUUUUGGUAAGUAAAAGUGGCCUGAUGGUUCCAUCUAUGAAGGGGAAUGGGUAGAAGACAAGUCAUCAGGAAGGGGGAAAUUGACUCAUGCUGAUGGAGAUGUUUAUGACGGAGAAUGGAAAAAUGAUAAAGCAAAUGGAAAAGGUACAUACAUACAUGUGAAUGGAGCAAAAUAUGAAGGAGAAUGGGAAAACGAUAAACAACAUGGAAGAGGAGUUGAAAAUUGGCCUGACGGUGCUAAAUAUGAGGGUUAAUAUUUUGAAGGGAAAAAGCAUGGCAAAGGUAUUCUCAAUUUCGCAGAUGGAUCAAGAUAUGAUGGUGAAUUUUUAUAAAAUGACAUUCAUGGUGAAGGUACCUACAUUUGGCCAGACAAAAGAGUUUAUAAAGGAUCAUGGAAAAAGAACAAAAUGCAUGGAAAAGGAUAGAUAAUAUGGCAGGAUGGAAGGAAAUAUACUGGAGAAUAUGAAGAAGAUAAAAAACAUGGUAAAGGAGUUUUUGAAUGGGCUGAUGGAAGAAAAUAUAUUGGUACUUGGAUUCAAGGUAGGUAACAUGGAAUCGGAAUUUACUAUUUAUAAAAUAAAGAAGUGAAAGUAGGAGAAUGGAAUGAAGGAAAAAGAAUUAAAUGGUUUGAAAAAACCGAAAUAGAUUAAUUAAUUGAAGAAUAGAAAAUUAAAAGGGAGGAUUUAUAACAAUCUGAUUGA